AUGGCGACGUUAAAGGUCGGUCCCAGACGCACCGGCUGCAAUGCAUCCUACCUGGAGUGUACGGAGAAGGUGGAAAUGUUUGAGGGUGCCAAAGGACCAGAGAACUUUGUCAUCCUUGAUUGUGAGUUUGGAGCGUUCGGUGAUAACGGGUGCCUGGACGAUAUCAGAACCGACUUUGAUCGCGACAUUGACAGGAGAACGUUCAAUAGAGGGAAACAAUAUUAUGAGAAGAUGAUAGCUGGGAUGUACCUUGGGGAGAUCCUUCGACUUGCUAUGAUCCAUUUAAUCAAUCAGAAAGUCAUAUUUGGAGGUGUGCUUCCAGAGGCUCUUCAAAAGGAAUGGGGCUUCAAGACCAAGAACCUGACAUAUAUUGAAAAUGACACAACCCAGGACCUAUCCAAAACGCGAGAGAUCCUUGAGAGCUUUGAUCUCCAACCCAGUGCAGCAGAGCUCCAGAUCAUACGAGCGCUGUCCCGGGCCAUCUGGACCCGUGGCUCUCGACUUGUUGCAUCUGGGAUCUCCCAGAUCGCACGGCGCAUCAACAAGCCCAGCAUCACCGUGGCCGUGGACGGCUCCCUCUACCAGCACUUCCACCAAUUCCGAGAGCUGAUGUUGUCGGAUAUCAAGGAGUUGGUUCCCAAGUACGAGGUCAAGUUCCACCAUGCAGAGGAUGGCAGUGGCAUUGGAGGGGCUGUGACCGCAGCGGUUGCUGUCCGACAGAGCAGGACAGGACAGAAUGGACAACCGCAUGUGCCUCUGCAGAAUGGCGAUUGUGUAUGAAACUGGGAUGGUUUCAUAAAAUUGAGCAUUGCCUUUGAGUCAAGAGGGUUACUUUAUUUCCCGACAUCCUCAGCAACAUCUUCGAAACCACAAGGUCUCCUUUGUGGAAGCUGUCAUGUUCUCCCAAGGAGUUGGCUGUAAAAUAUUAUGAUCAGGAUACCACUAGCCCAAACCUAUUCAUGGACUUUUUAUCAAGAACCUGGACUGUAUAUCAAGAACUUGGGACUAUUUAUCAGCAUCUUGGACCUCUCAUCAGAAACACAGACUUAGUAAAAUACCUUCUAUUUGUUCAAACCAUUCUUGUUUUCAUGUAUAAGCAAAGACAUCAGGCUGUGUGGCCGGAUUGAAUAUUUGAAAGCCUAUGGACACUAUGCUUCCCUCGCGUUAUCAUAUAUAACUUGUGCAUUGUUAAUAAGAAAGAGCAUGAUAUUGUUCUUCCAAUUUAUUUUAUUGUAGUGUAUUACUGCAUUCAACUUUUUUUUUUCCUCUUUCAUUUAAUUUCUGGGAUGCAAGUGCUUAAAAGAAGAAGGGAAAUGAAAAAGGGUAUAUUCAAGCAUAUGGGAUGGAAAUGUGAAACAUUGAUCAAAAUGGAAUAAGCUUGUUUGUUCAUUCAUCCGUGGUGUAUGCAGAAAUUGUUAAAAAUGGUAUGUGGGAUUAUACAUAUUUGUGACAUGAGAGGUUGUUUAAAGUUUCAUCUCUAAUAUUCUACACAAAAUUUUGCACAUUGGAAAUAAUACGAGGGAUCAUUUUCAAAUGAUACUUUAGUGUUAUCGCAGUGUGACCUAGCUAGCUCAUAGAUUAAUGAUUGUAAUCAGUAUUUAUAUAGUGCCUUUUCAGACUAGAUAUCCCCCUGACCAUAAUGCACCCUUAAUUUGCCGAAAGAAACUCAUGUCAUGACAGGGAUUUGAACCCACGACCUUCUGAAUGAAAGACAAAAGUCACUAAACUACAUCGUGCCCACCGAAUUCGUUAUUCCAUUGAAUAUCUUUGUUUAUCAUUCUGUCCUAUCUCUGCAUUUAUUCUGUCUGGUCAUGAUAAAUGCUCUCCACCUGGAACGGCAUGUCAUAAUCAUCCUUGUCCUUUUCUGUAUUUUAUCUCUGCGACCAGGUCAAUCCUUAUCACAUGAAAAUGCAACAUACACGUAUGAUGCACAUGAAGCAACAUGUGAUCCCUUUACAUUACUUGUUCUUCUGUUCUGCUCUUUAUCUCUCUGACCAUGCCAAUAAUCCUUAUCCCAUUAAGAAGUAAUAUAUUGCAACCUUUAAUUCUAUGCUCUAUCGUCCUCCAAUGAUAGUACUUUGGCUAUGGCCUUGUUUGUCUGCCUUUUGUGUAUAAGUCUCACAAGCUAUACAUGUAUAUAGAAUAAAAUUGGAAUGGUAUUUGCAGUCGCUUGCACAUUUUCACUUUCGAACCAAAAAUGAUGAUUUUUCACAUGCAAAUUUUUUUUCUGGGCUUCAUUUUUACAACAUCUCACAGAGAAGAGUAACAAUAGUAACAAUUGGGACCUUAGAGCUCAGGUUUGUAAAAGCCGAGUCAAUAUUAACUAAUGCCUUUAAUUUAAGCUACAUUUGCUGCAUUUGGGAGGCAGCAUUCAUAUGCAUACUUUUCUUGCUAUUUUGUGUAAUUAAAGGGAUGGUUCGGGCUGAAAAUAUUUACAUGUAUAUCUUAAUACAUAAAGUAGAAUUCACUGAGCAAAAUGCCGAAAAUUUCAUCAAAAUCGGAUAAAAAAUAAUAAUGUUAUUGAAGUUUAAAGUUUAGCAGUAUUUUGUGAAAACAGUUGUCAUGAAUAUUCAUUAGGUGGGCUGAUGACGUUACAUCCCCACUUUCCGUUUUUUUAUGUUAUUACAUAAAAUUGUAUUUUUUCAUUAUUUCAUACUUGUGUGAAUAACAUGUCCCCCUUAUAAUGAGAUAAGUUGCAGCAAUAAAUAUCUAAUGUACUAAAUCAGUUGUCAAUCCACUUUUUCUAGUUCUUGGAGGAAAAAAAUGAAUAAACCUAAUUUCAUAUAAUAAGAUAAAAAAGGACAGGUGGGGAUGUGACAUCAGCCCACCUAAUGAAUAUUCAUGACGACUGUUUUCACAAAAUAUUGCUAAACUUUAAAAUUCAAUAACUUUGUUAUUUGUUAUCCGAUUUUGAUGAAAUUUUCGACAUUUUGCUCAGUGAAUUCUACUCUAUUUAUUAAGCUUUAAUAAUCUUCAGCCCGGACCAUCCCUUUAACUGUUACAAAGUUCCACUGAUAACAAACAGUAAGAUGACCAUUGCUGCGGCACAAAGUGACCUUCACACCAUGCCCCGAUAACACAAAUUUUAAUGAUUGAUCUUACAAAGAAUUACAAAAAAACUUUGUGUCAUGGGGCCCGUGUGACCUGUUCUCUAUCUGUGAUUAUUCCAAUAGAAAUAUGGAUAUGAUUAAAUUUGAAUAAGCCAAAGGCACAAAUAAUUCAAAAUGCAUGUAAAGCAUAUCCAGCUUUAGUAUUAAAUUCAGUCCUAUGUCAGACAGUUCCUGGCUUGUUCAGGCAUCAACAUUAAGACCAUGAAUUGUAUCUGAUUCCAGGGGCGGAUCCAGGAUUUUCCAAUAGGGGGGGGGGGGCAAAUUUGACAAGC